GCUAAUUGCGCAUGCGCGUAUGCAUCAAAACACCGAAAAAAGAAAAGGAUGGCUGCCUGAAGAUAUCCAAGAAAAACAAUGUCCUAUCGAGCGUGCAGUAGCUUCAGUGUAAUCCCAGUGUGAGAGCUCAGUGAGGUGAGAGACCCCGAAGAUGGACAGCGUUACGGUGGGGGCCUCAGGCGGGACAGCUGACUGUCCCCUGGUCUCUGAAGACAUGGAGGGGAUCUGUGUAAUGCCAGACAUAAGUGCCAUCAAGACUGAGCAGUCGGUGGGUGCCAGUCCAGAUGACCCCGGCACCCAAAAUGUGGCCAUGGGGAUCAAGUUCAUCCUGCCGAACCGCUUUGACAUGAAUGUGUGCUCCAGAUUCGUCAAGUCGCUCAACGAGGAGGACAGCAAGAACAUCCAGGACCAGGUCAACUCUGAUCUGGAGGUGGCUUCUGUUUUAUUCAAAGCUGAGUGCAACAUCCAGACCUCACCUUCACCGGGUAUACAAGUGCGUCAUGUUUACACACCGUCCACCACCAAACAUUUCUCCCCCAUCAAGCAGUCCACCACCCUGACCAACAAACACAGGGGCAAUGAAGUUUCUUCCACACCUCUUCUGGUGCAUUCUUUGUCCAUUCAUCAGUUGGCAGCCCAAGGAGAAAUGGUGUUUCUGGCUAGCAGGAUUGAACAAGAGACUGUGAUCAAUCUACAAGAUGAGGAAGGCUUUACCCCCUUGAUGUGGGCAGCUGCACAUGGACAAAUUGCUGUUGUGGAGUUUCUGCUUCAAAAUGGUGCUGACCCCAACCUCCUGGCCAAAGGAAGGGAAAGUGCAUUGUCUUUGGCCUGCAGCAAGGGAUACACUGAUAUUGUGAAGAUGCUCAUCGACUGUGGUGUUGACGUGAAUGAAUAUGACUGGAAUGGUGGAGCUCCUCUGCUCUACGCUGUCCAUGGGAACCACGUACGCUGUGUUGAAAUCUUGUUAGAGAGUGGUGCUGAUCCUACCAUCGAGUCAGAUUCUGGAUUCAAUGCAAUGGACAUGGCGGUGGCAAUGGGCCAUCGAAAUGUUCAACAGGUGAUGGAGGCACAUUUACUGAAGCUGCUGAUGGGAAUCAGAGAAUGAACUGUUAAGCUUGAGGAAAACAUACUGGAGGGACAAUGCUGCACUCUGGACAAUCAUGUAGCAUGCCCAGGCUAUCAGCCUGCAGGAAUGUUUUAGUCCACAAAGUGAUAUUUCAACAUCAUUUUGUGGGCAUGGUGCAUAUGAAGGUUUGUGCUGACUUUUUUAUUUGAACCCUCUUUAAAACUGUUUUACUCAGCAAAUUUUCCAAUUGAAUGUGGAGUACCAAAUUUAAUAAGGAUUCACUUACAACAUUUUAAAGAACAAGUAUGUAAAGGUGAGUACAAAAAAAAGACACAGUUACUCACGACAACCCAGCAUGCACUGCACUGCACGCCACCUGAAUGCUCCCAAAUGUGCAGUUCAGGAUUCAUUUCUGCUUUAAUUAAACAUGGAAGUUUUGUUUUGAGCUCUCAGUGUCAUAUGAUAUGUUACAUGCCAUCAUGAGCUAAUCUAUCCUUUUCCCGUUAUGGCAAAUUUUUAACUAACUUAUUAACUAUAAAACAGAUUUUAAGAGUAACAGGUUUUUAAUGUAAUAAGUUGAAUGGCCUCACGUAAGCACUGUCUGGUUUUCACUGUAAACACAGUUCAGAAAUGACAGCAGGUGGACUGUGAAUGCUUUGUUACAGACUGUGAUGCACAUGAACCAGACUGUGCGCUUUAUGACGCUGCCAAGUUGUGUGUUGAUCCUGAAGAUCUUUGUGUUUGUUGUACUGAGUUUAUUUAUUUAAAUAAUUUAGACAUUGUGUUGUUAUGUGAUAAAAACUGUCAUAUUAAUGAGUCUG